UCCACCCCCCCGGUCGGUCGGUCCAGUCACAACACUCCGCACGCACCCCACCCCCAGACCCUAGCUAGGGUUUCCGCACCCCGAUCCAAGCUGCCUCCAUGUCCACCGCGGCGGCGCAGGCGCAGGGCGGCGACAAGCCGGCGCUCCGCAAGCCCGUCUUCACCAAGGUCGACCAGCUCAGGCCGGGCACCAACGGCCACACCCUCACCGUCAAGGUCGUCAGCGCCAACCCCGUCCCGGGACGCGCGGCGCGCCCAGGGGCCACCGCCACCGCAUCCUCCCGCGCGCCACGCAUCGCCGAGUGCCUCGUCGGGGAUGAGACCGGCGCCAUCGUAUUCACAGCACGCAACGACCAAGUUGAUUUGCUGAAGCCCGAUGCCACAGUGAUCUUGCGCAAUGCUAAAAUUGACAUGUUCAAAGGAUCAAUGAGGCUUGCAGUUGACAAAUGGGGGCGGAUUGAGGCCACAGAACCUGCCAGCUUCACAGUGAAGGAGGACAACAACUUGUCGCUAGUAGAGUAUGAAUUGGUUAAUGUGGCUGAGUAAUUGGCCAAGCGUUUCUGCCCCUUUUCCGCACCAUAAGAAGGAAGUACGAUGAAUGAACAUUAUAAAGCCUCUCUAAGCGAGUUUUAUUUGUUGCGGUGGUAGUAGAUAAUUAAAGUGAAGGUUGUAUCGCACCUGUUAGAACUUUGGAUUGAGUAAGCUGAGUUGACCUUGCAUCUA